AUGGAUAACACUGAACGAUUUGGUCGUGGAUUCGAGACUCACCAACGGGCUUGUCGCGUGAAGUUUCCAUAUUUUCUUCACUUAAACAGGGGUCAGUUUCCUGUAGAAAGUUCUUCUAGGAGGACCCUUUGGUGGAUUGCCCAUAUGUUGUGUUGCAUUCAAAUUUAUAGAUAUUUUAAUGGUAACUGCAUGAGCGAAUUUAUGGGUUUAAUACAAGGAGCCUACGAAGCCAAAGAGACAGGAUUUUUGCCAGGAGGAGCCACUUUGCACAGCAUGAUGACUCCUCACGGCCCCGAUAACGAGUGUUUCAGGAAGAGUAGCAAUGCCCAUUUGGUUCCUGAAAGAGUGGCCGAUGGCACAAUGGCUUUCAUGUUUGAAAGUUCUCUGGGUUUGGCCAUAACUCAAUGGGGAGAAAAGACGUGUCAAAAAUUGGAUUGCGAUUAUUACAAAUGCUGGCAAAAAUUAAAGAAGCACUUUAACCCUAACUGGAAACCGGAAACUAAGUAAUGGCGAGUGAAGCUUAAAUUUCGGAAUCUGUUCCUGUAUUUGGAUUAAAGAUCAUUCCACUCGAAGAACAAUGAAGUGGAUUUUAACAAGAAAAAGUUUGUAUUUUGUUACCUUAAACAUUAAAAGUAACAAUAAAUUGGAUAAUAAAAGAGCGAUAU